CUUCUGCUGUGAUUAAUGUAGAACAGUGACACGGAGUCCUGCCAUGAACUGGGUCAUUAUCGGGCAUCAGACCCACCUUCUCCUUAAAUCAUUAGAUUAGAUUAAACCAAGUUUGCUGAAAUUACUUGAGGGGAGAAAGAUGAUGGUAAAACCUCCCGUGAAGAGAGAGAGAGAGAGAGAAAGAGAGGGUACAGACAUUCCAGACUGAAAGUCAUCUUCCUCGGUGUCCCAUAAAUAAACAUGCAGGCGUUACGAGCAGUCGCCAUACACAUGUCGGAGGCUGCAGAGAACGAAGCCAAGCGACCCAAACCGCCUUCUUUGGUUCUUUCUCAGUCAAGGCCGCAAGAGUCCAUGCUUGCGUGAUCGAGUACCGAGUCUGUGUGCAGUUCAAACGUACGUUAAACUCGCGUUUGAACCCAAGGUCUCGCUCUGUGAGUCCGUGACUGUGAGCUAGAAAACGAGACCACACAGAGAGAGAGAGAUGAGAAUGAUGGAGGCGAGGACGGAUAUGAUGAUGGACGAUGACCUUGCAGAGAAAGAGAGCGGCCAAUCGUCCGCGUCGUACCUGUUGUGGGAUGACUUGUCGGUGUCGGCCUCGGCCGGCCCCAAGAGGAAACUGCUCAACCGGCUCUGCGGGUACGCUCAGACGGGUCGGAUCUUGGCCGUCAUGGGUCCUUCCGGCUCCGGGAAAUCCACUUUCCUCGACUCGUUGGCAGGUCGUAUGUCUGCUGACGUCAAGAAAAGGGGAAAUAUUUCCCUAGAUGGGAAAAAGAAGGGGUCGAUAAACUACAAAGAUCUGUCCUAUGUGACCCAAGAAAAUCUUUUCUUGGGUACUCUGACUGUCAAAGAGACAAUAGCUUACACAGCCCAUCUGAGGCUUUCUUCCGAGAUGACGAAAGCCGAGAUCGACGAGGUGGUAGAGAUGAUCAUAAAGGAGAUGGGACUUGGAGACUGUGCGGAGAACAAGAUUGGUAACUGGCACUUGAGGGGCAUAAGCAGUGGCGAAAAGAAAAGACUCAGCAUCGGCCUUGAAAUUGUGACACACCCCCUGAUCUUGCUGCUUGAUGAGCCGACCACAGGCUUAGACAGUGCCUCGGCUUUUUUUGUUGCGAGAGCUCUAAGAAAUAUUGCAGAUGAAGGAAGAAUAGUUAUUUGUUCAAUCCACCAGCCGAGCAGUGAAGUUUUCGAUCUUUUCGAUGAUUUACUCCUUCUGUCUAGUGGAGAAACCGUGUUUCUAGGAGAAGCCAAAAUGGCCAUUGAGUUCUUCGCAGAUGUUGGAUUCGCUUGUCCAAUGAGGAGAAAUCCCGCCGAUCACUUUCUGCGGUGUAUUAGCAUGGACUUCGGUUCUGCGACUGCCACUCUAUUGCUUUCUCAUAGUAACUACCAAACUGUGGCAUCAUCUGGUUUUUCAAUGAACAUGAAAACCGCAGAUAUUAAAGCCACACUCAUCCAAAGUUACAAAUCCUCAGAGUAUUCAUGCAGAGUUAGGAAGAAAAUACAAGAAAUUGCAGCCACUGAUUAUCAGGUCUGCCAGUUGAAUAAGCAUACUAAUUCCAGCAAGUGGAAGCAGCUCAGGGUUUUGUCUCAUCGGUCGUUCAUCAACAUGUAUAGGGACAUUGGAUACUCCUGGUUGAGGAUCAUGUUCUACGUUUUAGCAUCAAUAAGUACCGGGGUUCUAUAUUUUGACAUCGGAUACGACAAUGGGGCGAUUAUCAACAGAGGAAAGUGUGUUUCAUUCAUCUACGGCUUCAUGAUAUGUUUGUCUUGUGGUGGGGUCCCUUUCUUUGAUGAAGAACUGAAGGUAUUUUACGCCGAGAGACUCAAUGGGCAUUAUGGCGAGACAGUGUUUGUGCUUGCGAAUUUCCUUUCUUCGCUCCCUUUCUUGGUGGCGAUUUCUGUGCUUUCAGGAACAACGAUUUUCUACAUGGUGAAGCUUCACCCAGGGUUUUCUCACUAUGGUUAUUUCUGCAUUAAUCUCUUCUGCUGCAUCACCGUCAUUGAGAGUUGCAUGAUGGCUGUGACCUCAUUUGUCCCCAAUGCAUUGAUGGCCAUAGGAACUGGAGCUGGCGUCAUCGUUCUAAUGAUGAUGGCAUCACAGAUUUUUAGACUUCUCCCUGAUCUUCCCAAGUUCUUUUGGCAGUACCCCAUGUCCUACAUCAGCUUUGCCAAAUGGGCAGUUGAGGGUCAAUACAAGAAUGUCAUGACCGGUCUUGAGUUCGAUUCGGCCUCGCCAGGAGAACCAAAACUGAAGGGCGAGAUAAUCCUCAAAACGACUUUCGGCAUACCGACGGAUCAUUCCAAGUGGUGGGAUGUAACUGUGCUUCUCUUUCAACUGUUUGUUUACAAACUACUACUCUUCUUGAUGCUUAGGUACAAGAAGAGAGUAGCGCCUCGGUUAAAUGGGCUACAUGUCUAGAUUUUAUGCCCCGUAAGAGGUUUAUAAUCUACAUUAAUUACAAAAGAGGAAAGGGUGGACCUCAGGCCGAGAGUUAGGCUGAACUUUUGCCACGUUCUCUCUAGUAUAUGUAAAUUUCCAAAAUCGAAUUUGUUGUUGACGUUAAACGGAAAAGGUGAAUUGUAUUUGAGAAGUUGUGACAACUAGGAGCAUAUGCAUCAU